AAGACGAGGAGGAAGGAGAAGCGCUCCAGGUUCGGUGUGCGGGUCCGGAUCAUCUAAAGUCAGUCGGUGCUGUGCAGCACACAGCAGUGGGCUUCAAACUGGACUUCAUAACAGUUCAUGAAGCAUAAAGGCUUUCUGCAGCGUCCACAUCACCAGAGACUGCAGAAUCAGGGAUCAGAUACUUUGUGUCCCAGCUGAGUAGCAGCAGGAGGAGGAGAGCCUGACGGAGCAGCAGAGGAACAUAUUCAUCCAUUUGGACUCAGCUCAGCCCCUGCAGAGGAAACAAUGAGCUCAACACAACAGGACCAACAUGGAGUGAGAAGUCAGCGCUCUCAGGAGGCCGACAAACCUCACAGAAGGAAGGGCGAGGAAAUCUACAGGUGCGAUGAGUGCGGGAAGCCUUUUACUGCAAAGAUUUUCCUAAAAAGACAUCAAGUCAUCCACACUGGAGAGAGUCCGUUUAGGUGUGAGCUGUGUGGGAAGUUUUUUUCCAAGGCUGGAAAUCUGACAAGACACCAACUCAUCCACAGUGGAGUUAAAGCAUUCAGAUGUGAUUUGUGUGGAAAGUCUUUUACUCAGAAGACUGACCUAAAAAGUCAUCAUCGAAUCCACAGUGGCGUUAAAGCGUACAGUUGUGAUCGGUGUGGGAAGUGUUUCACAAAGAAACAAAGCUUGGAAAAUCACAAGCUCCUCCACAGCGGAGUGAGACCUUACAGAUGUGAUCAGUGUGGCAGGACCUUCACUCGCAGGUACACCUUAAGGAAUCAUCUGGUUACCCACUCUGAAAUGAAGGCAUACAGCUGUGACAUCUGUGGAAAAACCUUCAGGCAGAUGGGAACUCUGAAUAAACACCAGCGCAUUCACACGGGACACAAUGUGUACUGCUGUGAUCAGUGUGGCAAACGGUUUGUCACAUACAACAACUUACACAUCCACAAGUUUACCCACACUGAGGAGAGACCUUAUAAAUGUGAGCUGUGUGAUAAGGCUUUUAAAAAUCCAGAUUACCUUAAAGUACACCAACAGAUCCACAGCAGGAAGUGCAGUCACUGCGAGAAGCAGAGCGACACAGAUGGCUCCAGUUCUCAGCCCUGUCAUCGCUGUGGUGGUGGGAAAGCGUUUCGCUGUGACAUUUGUGGAAAUAGUUUCAAGAAGAAAGCAGGCCUAACGCUGCAUCAACGUAGACACUCUGGACACAGACUGAGCUACUGCAAAGAAUGUGGGAAAAGCUUCCCCAUGCCAAGCGCUUUAAAACGCCAUGAACUCAUCCACAGUGGGGUUAAAAAGCACCUCUGUGAUCAGUGUGGGUCAUCCUUCAUUACUGCAAGUGACCUUAAGAAGCAUGAACGAGUCCACACAGGAGAGAAACCGUACCAGUGCAGACACUGUGAGAAGAGCUUCACACAUUCAAUUAAUCGUAACCGUCAUGAAUGCAGGCACACCGAGCAGACCCACAGCAUUGAGACCAAUCCCAUCUCAUAAUCAAGCUGUGGAGUCACUGAAACAGCAAGCUUCACUCAUAUUUAUUCUGUUAAAAAAAAAAAUUAGAACUUUUACUUAAUUUUGAUAUUAACAAUAAAAAAACACCUCAUUUUA